CGUGCUUAGUAAGCGUCCUAAGGUCGACAGUGAUCGGACUUGGCCGCGUCCAGCUUAGAUUCAAUAGGGAAACUUUGGGGAUACGCGAUACGCGCGACAUCGGGCGACGGUUUGUGUAAGGUACUAUAUCAGUGUGAUCGGCUACCGUCGGAAAAUCGCACAGAAAUAAAGUAUUAGUAGAAGAAGACCAAAAAAAUUAAGAAUCGGUGAAAACGGUUAAAAGAAAGCGCGAUUUAUAUAUUCUUACUAUUGUAUUUUUGUACUUGUGCUGUGAUUCAGUGGCAUGAUUAGGGCGGGAUCCUGUGAUGUACUAUGAGUUGCUCUGAAGUGAUGUACCAGGCUUAUUACCCGUACUUGUACCAGAGGGCCGGUGGUGCUCCGCCCGUUUCUGCACAUCCGGUACCUAGAGCCGGACCAUUUACUUCACCUUUUGGAGCUGCUCAUCAAUAUGAUAGGUUUAACGUACAAAGAUUACAAGAAACGACGCAUCCCUUGGCCCAAAGCGGUCAUCACUUGGGUGAACCAACGACGACCAGUAGCAUGUAUGCUCAUAGUUCCACGGGUGGUUCGACACCGAGCAGCCCCCUACGGCCCCAAAAAGAGGAGGAUUGUAGUCUGCACGGCAGGAGCAGUACGGACGAUCCUCAACAAGGAGCCGAUGAUGAUUCCUCGGAGGAAACGAACUCCAGGGCGCAAUACGUUUCGGCAAAUUGCGUCGUUUUCACCCAUUACCAAGGGGAUACGGCCAGCGUAGUGGACGAACAUUUUUCCAGGGCUUUAGAUAAAAAUAACCAUGCCAAAGAAAUAUCUCCAAUGUCGACUAGAAAUUUUCCUGCUUCGUUUUGGAAUAGUCAACAAUAUGGGGGUGCGACAGCUCAUGGUCACGCGACAUCGGCGGAUCUUUACCCCGAGCAUUACCACCCCGGCGAAGCAGCUUGGUACCCUUACAGCCAACACCACAGGGCGGUACACGAUUAUCACCACAACAUGGCCCAAUACUCGGGGUUGUUACUACCCGGAAGCAGACUGCAUAUGGGGGCGCAAUGUAAAGCAAUGGAUUGGCAACACCCCUCUCUUGACAAUCCUUAUUCAUCAUACCCGGGCAUGUCAGGCUAUCACGAUCUCCUAAAUACCACACCUCCAAUGUAAUAUCACCACUGCCAGUCUCGAAAAGUGGAAAAGUUUAGAGGCUCAGGUGCAGGAUUCGUCGAAGGACUUGUACUGGUUCUAGGACAGAAACUUGUGGUUUACGUGUAAAUAUAGUUUAAAUUCGUUGAGAAAAAAAGUACAAACUGUGAAGACUUGUUGUUUAAAUAAAAUAUGUGCCCAAUGGACGCGCGAUGAAAACGCGUUCAUUCCUCCAGUUUUUGAACCACGCUUCUGAAUCCGAAUUCAAGAAGAUUCAGGCGAAUGGACGUAGAAGAUGGAGAAGAAGAGGGAGACGAGAAGUUUCCGCUCUUAUUGUUACUACAUAUAUACAUAAAUAAUUAAUAUACAUACGUUGGCAAGUGAUAUGUUUUUAGAGCCAAUAAUGAAAAAUAAAAUUAUUUAAAGAAUUUUGAAACGAGUGGUAAAUAAAAAACGAAUCGAACCCGUUUAAGGAGACGAUAUUAAACAAUGCGGAUUAUUUAAUAAGAUAUGUAUAAAUGUGUAUUAUUACUGACUAAUUGAUUUAAUAACUAUUGUAAUUAUACCGAAAAGCAUUGUCCGUGCAAUAAAGUAGCUGCUAUUGACAGAAAAGAA